ACCACCCAGCAACCACGUCCUCCCAGCUUUCUCGAACCCCCGAAUCCUCCUUCACCUGCGACACCUCAACACCCGCGCUCCGCGAACACCUCACCCAACAAUAUCGAGAACUACUACGACCGCAACGACAACCUUCGCCGCUAGAUUCUCGCGUCCUCCACCUCCGCCGCCCUCGAUACUCGCCACCAUGUCGUCCUCCUCCGAAGACAUGCCCCUGGCAAGGAGAGCGCCAACUAAUGGAUCGUCAUCGCCGUCGAAGCUCCGAAGAAGCCCUAUAUUUCCGACGAAAGUUACGAAGGCAACCGAUCGCAAGGCCGACAAGGAGUACCAGAAAAUGGACGUCGACAACCUGGGGGAAAACGUUCCGCAGGGCAUCUCGAUCAGCAAUGGCCCUGUAGUGGAAUACGACGCCAACGGUAGGCGACUCUCGAAACGAAAAGUCCGGAAGCCCGCGAUCAAGGAAGAAAGUGACAGCGAUAGUGACGCUCCGCUUACGAAACGCCGAAGAACCGCCAACGGUGCUCCCAAGGCUGCUGCCGCAGUUGAUUCCUCGGACGACGAUGUACCGCUUGCGAAGAAAUCGAGCCUCAAGGCGGCGACGAGAAAGUCAACAUCCCCAACCGUCAUCAGGAUGCCUCCCACCAUAACAGGAGGAACCGACGAGUCGGACUCUGACAUUCCACUGGCUGCGGCAAAACUGUCGAAAGAGAAGGCUCAGAUCAUGAAGGAACAGAACCAAACCUCGAAGAAGCUUCAGGCCGAGGACAAGAAGGCUGCUGCGGCAAAGAAGCGGAAACCAACGGUCAAGAAGGAGGAAGAAAGUGACAGCGACGUUCCAUUGAAGGCCAAGAAACGCGCUCCCCCGGCCAAGAAGGCGAACGGCGUCAAGAAGGAGGAGUCCUCCGAUGACGGCAAGCCUCUUGCCAAAAAGCCGAGGGCUUCCAAGGCAGCGGCGGUCAAGGGGGCCGCCGUCAAGACCGAAGCUAAGGGCAAGGGACGUGUCAAGAAAUCAGAAACACCCGCGGUAGCCACGCCCGGUGAAAACGGAGAGAACGAAGAGGGAGAUGAGGAGGAGGAGGAAGAGUACAAGUGGUGGGAACAGCCUGAAACGGAUGGCACGGUCAAAUGGACUACGUUGGAGCACAACGGUGUCGUAUUUCCGCCGCCUUACGAGCCCCUUCCCAAGGAUGUCAAGAUGCUUUACAAUGGUGUUCCCGUCACACUGCCAGUUGCCGCCGAGGAGGUUGCUGGUUUCUUUGGUGCGAUGCUGGAAACGAACGAGGCAAACAACAAGAAAUUCGUUCAAAACUUCUUCCACGAUUUCCAAGAGGUUCUCAAGGAGAGUGGAGGUGCAAGAGAUCCACAGGGAAAGAAAGUACCGAUUAAGGUCUUUGAGAAGUGCGAUUUCACGGCCAUGUUCAACUACUUCGAAGCGAGGAAGGCCGAGAAGAAGGCAAUGAGCGCUGCGGAGAAGAAGGCACUCAAAUUGGAGAAAGAGGAGGCCGAGAAGAAGUACACAACCUGUCUCCUCGAUGGUCGCAAGGAGAAAGUUGGCAACUUCCGUAUCGAACCUCCGGGACUCUUCCGAGGACGUGGUGACCACCCCAAGACCGGAAAAGUCAAGAAACGGGUUCAGCCUGAGCAAGUCACAUUGAACAUCGGCACCGAAGCUCCUGUUCCUCCGCCUCCGGAGGGCCACAAGUGGGGCGGAAUUCAGCAUGACGACAAAGUUACAUGGUUGGCGACAUGGAAGGAGAACAUCAACGGCAACAUCAAGUACGUUAUGCUGGCAGCCAAUAGUAGUCUCAAGGGCAUCAGCGACUACAAAAAGUUCGAAAAGGCUCGGGAACUGAAGAAACACAUCGACCGUAUCCGUAAAGACUACACCAAGGACCUCAAGUCUACCCUCAUGGCCGAUCGUCAGCGUGCCACAGCGAUGUACCUCAUUGACGUCUUGGCUCUCAGAGCUGGAAAUGAGAAGGGUGACGAUGAGGCCGACACUGUGGGUUGUUGUUCGCUGCGUUACGAGCACGUCACACUUGAGCCGCCGAACAAAGUCGUCUUCGACUUUUUGGGUAAAGAUUCGAUUCGUUACCACGAUACUGUCGAGGUUACGCCCCAGGUAUUCAAGAAUAUCAAGAUCUUCAAGAAGGCACCGAAAACCACCGGUGACAUGAUCUUUGACCGGCUCAAUACCACCGACCUCAACAAGCAUCUUCAGGGCUACAUGAAGGGAUUGUCUGCCAAGGUGUUCCGUACCUACAACGCCUCCUGGACAAUGCAGCGUGAGAUGAUGCGGAUACCGAACGAGGGUACAGUUCACGACAAGUAUGCCGCCUACAACGAAGCCAACAGAAUGGUUGCCAUCUUGUGUAACCAUCAGAGGACCGUGAGCAAUACGCACGAAGCCUCGUUGGCCAAGGCGGGAGAGAGGAUCAAAGCUCUUCGGUAUCAGAAGUUGCGCCUGAAGAGACAGAUCCUCUUCCUCGAUCCUAAGCGGAAGAAGAAGAAUCCCGAGUUCUUCAAGCCGGAUCCGGAAAUCGACGACGAUGACUGGAUCAAAGAGCACCAGAAGGCCCUUAUAGAACAGGAACGUGAGAAGAUCACGAAGAAAUUCGAAAAGGAAAACGAGAAGCUUGCUGCCGAGGGCGAGAAGGAAUUGAAAACCGCCGACCUCAACGAGCGCCUGAAGGCCCUCAAGGAGAUGGAGGACGAGUUCAAGAAGGAGAACAAGUCCGGCACCACCGAGCCCAAAACCCGAGGUGCCACCAUCGAAAAGAUCGAGGCUAGCAUCGAGAAGAUGGACGAGCGUAUCCGCAAACUUGAAGUCGAAGCCAAGGUCAGGGACGACAACAAGACUGUCGCCUUGGGUACUUCCAAGAUUAACUACAUCGACCCUCGCUUGACGGUUAUGUUUUGCAAGAAGUACAACGUACCCAUCGAGAAGGUUUUCACCAAGACUCUCCGGGACAAGUUCAAUUGGGCGUUGCAGUCCGCGGAUGAGAACUGGGAGUUUUGAAGGAUCACACUCGUAGACGUAGACUUGGGGAUGGCGUCGCUACUGUCUCUUGCUUAUUGUUUUUAUUCUUGUCCGUUUGUCUUAUUUCAGUUAUAACCGACAGAGAGGAGCUAGAAAGAAAAAGGUGAUAAAGUGAGACUUGAAAUGAGCUGGUUCCGGUUUUCUUUCUUGUAUGUUUAGUUUUCUCGGUAUUGUUUGAUUGGAGUUUCCGCGUAUACUGCAUUCUGCGUUUGAUUUUGGGGGAGCAGGGGGAUCGGGGAUGGGGUA